AUGCCGAGUUCAUGCUCAGCAGUUAAGGUUGAAUAUGAUGCAACUGCCUUUAUCAUUGAUGGUCAGCGCAAGAUUAUAAAUUCUGGUUCCAUUCAUUAUCCUCGCAGCACUGAGCAGAUGUGGCCUGAUCUGAUUCAGAAGGCAAAAGAGGGUGGACUCGAUGCUGUUGAAACAUAUAUCUUCUGGGAUCGACAUGAGCCUAAACGCCGUGAGUAUGAUUUCUCAGGAAACUUGAACUUCAUAAAGUUUUUCCAGCUUAUUCAAAAUGCUGGUCUCUACGCCAUUCUGCGCAUUGGACCAUAUGUCUGUGCUGAAUGGAAUUAUGGAGGUUUCCCUAUGUGGCUUCAUAAUACACCAGGGAUUCAACUGAGAACUGAUAACGAGAUCUACAAGAGAGAAAUGGAAAUUUUUACAACCAAGAUCGUCGACGUGGUCAAAAGUGCCAAGCUGUUUGCAUCACAAGGAGGCCCCAUUAUUUUUGCUCAGAUCGAGAACGAAUAUGGAAACAUCAUGAAAGGUUAUGGAGAAGCAGGGAAAAAAUACAUCCAAUGGUGUGCACAAAUGGCUGUAGCCCAAAAUAUUGGUGUUCCAUGGAUUAUGUGCCAACAAAACGAUGCUCCUCAAACCAUGAUCAAUACCUGCAAUGGAUUUUACUGUGACCAAUUCAAGCCAAACAAUCCUAAAAGUCCAAAAAUGUGGACAGAAAACUGGACUGGAUGGUUCAAACUUUGGGGAGGCAAAGACCCACAUAGAGCAGCUGAAGAUCUCGCAUUUGCAGUUGCACGUUUUUUCCAACAGGGAGGAGUCUUGAAUAACUAUUACAUGUAUCAUGGUGGAACAAACUUUGGACGCACUGCCGGAGGUCCAUACAUUACUACGUCAUAUGAUUAUGAUGCACCACUUGAUGAAUAUGGGAAUCUUAACCAGCCAAAGUAUGGACAUUUAAAGCAACUUCAUGCAGCUCUUAAAGUUGGGGAGAAAGCUCUCACUAGUGGCAUUGUAAAAGAAAUGAUGUAAAUUUCUCUUGGCAAUCAGUUGACCACGUACGCCAUCAAUGCUACCGGAGAGAGAUUCUGUUUCUUGAGCAAUCAAAACGAGCAAAAUGAUGCCAAUGUUGACUUGGGCCAAGAUGGGAAGUACUUUGUGCCUGCUUGGUCUGUUAGUAUUCUUCAGAAUUGCAACAAGGAGAUAUUCAACAGUGCAAAGCUCAGUAGUCAGACCUCCGUAAUGAUAAAGAAACUAAACUAUAAGGAUGAGAAUGACCAAGCUCCCAAACUCACCUGGACGUGGGCUCCAGAGGCCAUGAGAGACACCCUCCGAGGAAAGGGGAGAUUUAGAGCAACAGUUCUUCUUGACCAGAAAGAAGCAACUUUUGACAUCAGUGACUAUUUAUGGUACAUGACUAGUGUUGAUAUCAAUAAUACAAUUUAUAAUUCCUGGAAAAAAACAACCCUACGCGUCAGCACCAAUGGCCAUGCACUCUAUGCUUACGUGAACAAGAAGCUCGUAGGUUAUCAAUUCUCCAAGCAAGCCAAUGGUCAACAAAUGGUAAAUGGUGACGAUUAUAGCUUUGUAUUCGAGAAACCAGUUUCUCUCAAACCUGGGGCAAACACCAUAUCUUUACUCAGUGCCACAAUUGGAUUAGCGAACUAUGGUGAGAAGUACGACUUGAAACCUACUGGCUUAGUGGGUGGCUCAGUGCAGUUGGUUAACGAUGCAAAAAAGACUAUUGACCUAACAUCAAGCAAUUGGUUUUAUAAGGUUGGCUUAACUGGUGAAUUAGCCAAACGUCUCUUUGAUCCAAAAUCACCACAUGGGAAAGUCUUUGCUACUGAUAAAGUUCCCAUUGGCAGGCCUAUGACUUGGUAUAAGACCACUUUCGAGGCUCCUUUGGGUACAGAACCAGUGGUGGUGGACUUGCAAGGCAUGGGCAAGGGGCACGCCUGGGUGAAUGGAAACAGCAUUGGCCGAUAUUGGCCUGCACAGAUAGCUGAUGCUAAUGGAUGCAGUGACACCUGCGAUUACCGCGGCGCAUAUAAGGAUGGCAGAUGUAGGACAAACUGUGGCAAUCCUUCCCAAAGAUGGUACCACAUUCCGAGAUCAUUCCUUAACAACAAUGGCACAAACACAUUGAUUUUAUUUGAGGAAGUAGGAGGAAACACUACAGGCAUUUCUUUCCAGAUUGUGACAAUAGGAACAAUUUGUGGUUAUGCAUAUGAGGGCAUCACAUUGGAGUUGUCAUGCCAAGCUGGGCGAACCAUUGCGGAUAUCCAGUUUGCCAGCUUUGGAGACCCCUGGGGAUCAUGUGGCUCAUACAAGGCAGGCUCCUUCCAAGCCACUAUCAGCUUGGCUGCAGUGGAAAAGGCAUGUGCGGGAAGGCCAAGCUGUAGCAUUGAUGUAUCAGAGGCAACAUUCGGAUUGAAUAAUGUGGAUGUAACAAAGAAGUUGGCUGUACAAGCUGUUUGCAGUUGAAAUACAGAGAACCAGAACCUAAAGUUAAAAAGGGAGAAGAUACAAGAAAUGUACUAGGAUAUAUGUGUCUCCUAAAGAAAUAAUGUGCUUGAUGAUGAAGAGUAGAGCCAUAAUGUCUUUGACUCUUUGUGGUUAAUCAAAUGAUGAUACGAAUGAAGAAGCUCUUACACACAGAUAUUACUUACUACUAUACUGUUGUCUCCUUUUUCACGGUACUGCUGAUUGCAUUUUACUUGAUGGCUUACCAUUUCUCUGCUGAUUGCAUCUUCACAAAUUAAUUUUCCUGUUGGUAAUGGUUCAGCAAACCAUU